AUGGGGAUCCUCGACAUCGUACCUGCUGGUGUUUUGACUGGCGAAAACGUUGUCAAAUUAUUCAACUACGCCAAAGAACACAAGGCGAGAAAAUCUCGAUAUAAUGUUACUUCCUCUUCCACAGCCAACGCAUGCUUAGAGGCCGCACGAGACAUCAAAUCUCCCAUCAUACUCCAAGUCUCUCAAGGCGGUAGUGCAUACUUUGCAGGCAAAGGCCUUGCCAAUGAUAAGCAACAGGCUUCCAUCGCCGGUGCUAAAGCGGCUGCGCUCCACAUUCGGACUGUUGCUCCUAUGUAUGGUGUUCCCGUAGUGCUCCACUCUGAUCACUGUGCUGAGAAGCUCCUUCCGUGGUUUGACGGUAUGCUUGAGGCCGAUGAAGCCUACUACAAAGAACAUGGAGAGCCUCUAUUUUCAUCUCACAUGCUUGACCUUUCCGAAGAGCCUAAGGAACAAAACAUUGCCACUUGUGUCAAAUAUUUCAAACGUAUGGCACCGAUGGGCAUCUGGCUCGAAAUGGAAAUCGGCAUUACAGGUGGUGAGGAAGACGGUGUCGAUAACACUAGCGUGGAUAAUUCCCGCCUAUACACUCAACCGGAGGAUAUUUGGGAUGUUUAUAGCGCGUUAAGUGCAAUCGCUCCCCACUUCAGCAUCGCUGCUGGGUUUGGAAACGUACAUGGUGUAUACAAACCGGGUAACGUUAAGCUUCAGCCCACUUUGUUGGGCAAACAUCAGGCGUACGCAAGCCAGCAAUUGGGAGGAAAGGUGGAGAAGCCCUUGUAUCUUGUUUUCCACGGAGGCUCAGGUUCCACAAAGGAAGAGAUCAAGACUGCUGUCGAGAGCGGUGUGGUGAAGAUGAAUGUUGACACUGACACCCAAUGGGCUUACCUCGUCGGUAUACGGGACUUUGUCACCAACAAAUCUGGAUACCUUCAAAGUCAAGUAGGCAAUCCGGAGGGCGCUGACAAGCCUAACAAGAAGUACUACGACCCUCGUGUCUGGGUUCGUGAGGGAGAGAAGACACUCUCUGCACGUGUUAAAGAGGCCUGCGAAGACUUGGGCAACGUUGGGCAUCUCUAA